GGGGGAGAUAGGGGCUGCACGAGGUUGUGGUGUCAGGCUUCUCACAACUUGGACCCUCCGAGUUCUAAGAACCUCACGGACCGUCCGAUUUCAGGACUAGCACACGCACGGUCUGAUUUCAUAUCGGGAAGGACACGCGUCGCGUUGCAGCAGCUCCCCAAACGGUGCUCUGAAACCAAACACUUACUCAUGCAUUCACCCAUCUCACCAUCCGAAAAUAUCACUCUCUCACAUUUCAUUUUCAGCUUGAAGCCCCAUUGUUCUUCUUCUCCCACCUCUCAGCUGUGCAUGGUUGAAGAGUUAAAAGCAUGCCAAAGAAGAAUAAAAUUAAGGAUGUUGAUCGACCUGAGCUUCAUGUUAUGCAUUAUCUCAGUCAUUCUGAUUAUAAGCUGAGAAUGUUGACAUGUGACCACCCAGUUCCUCCGGAUCGGUACAAUGAUAGGGUGGAGGAGCACUUACGAGUUACCGACUUUUAUCAUGCAUCACAGAUUGGGGUAGUCCAAUGUCAAAAGGCACUGGUGAAUGCUCUAAUCGAGCGGUGGCACCCCGACACACAUACGUUUCAUCUUCCCAUUGGUGAAUGUGCCGUGACUCUUGAAGAUGUGGCUCUAAUUCUUGGUCUUCCGACUGAUGGACUUCCAGUUACGGAGAUGACAAUGAGUAGUUUCGAAGCCUUGGAGGCGGAGUGUUUGCAUCAGUUCGGGGUUGCACCUCGUAAGUCGGACUGUAGAGGCAGCUGCAUAAAAUUGACAUCGCUGCGGGAUCUUAAAGAAAAUUUAUAGUUGACUGAUGAAAUUGGUAUACAGAGGUAUGUCAAGUGCCACAUUAUGUUGCUUAUCGGGACGAUCUUGUUUGGGGAUAAAUCAGGGGCAGGUGUGCACUGGAAGUUUCUACCCUUGCUUCGUGAAUUUGGUAGCAUUAUACAAUACAGUUGGGGAUCCGCAUGCCUAGCACACCUCUACAGGGCGUUAUGCCGGGCAUCUCGAGUUGACUUUAAGGAAAUAGAUGGUCCACUAACACUUCUGCUCGGUUGGGCUUGGAUCUGACUGCCGUAUCUAUCGCCGGUACCUAGGGAGCCCCGCAGUUUUUCGCUAGCA